AAACCGCCUCCUCCUUUGACACGACCUGACGUUGGGAGAGAUGCCGGACUCAACGACAGCUGAUGGCCACUCGAAACAACAGCGUGACUGCUUUCCUAAAAGCAUUGAUAAGACUCUUCUUCGAUGUAGCUUUCUUUUGGCAAAAGCGUUUGUGGACGUGGUGGACUCGUCGUAGUCAAAAGGACAUUCAAUUGGAAUGUCUGAAUGCUGCUCGUUAUUAUGAAGAAUGGGAAGCUGCAGCAUUCGCUUUAGAUGAGCUUUACGGCAAUGACCUCUGGCGACAGAAUCCUUCUUCCAAACAUUAUGAUUAUCGACUCAUUCAUUCAAGAUUACAAUACAUCCUUGAAGCUCGAGAAGAUGAAGAUAUUCUUGGACUAGUAAAUCUUCUUCGUUCCGGACUGGUCCGCAACCUAGGAAAUAUCACGGCACCUCGUCUUUACAACCGAGCCUAUGCCGGAACGAAACUCUUGAUUGAGGAUUACAUCACUCAAGUCGCGUUGGCUGUCGAGUUUGUGACAGCAUAUCCUACCUCACCUAUAUACGAUGCAGGUUUGAGCAACCAGGCGAAGCUCGACUUGCUUCAUGAUACUCGACAGGCGUUUGGGCGUAGCGUGUUGGUCCUCCAAGGAGGAUCCAUCUUCGGUCUCUGUCAUAUCGGCGUGGUGAAAGCGUUACAUCUACGAGGUCUUCUGCCCCGAAUCAUCUCUGGAACUGCCACCGGUGCAUUGAUGGCAGCUCUUGUCGGCGUGCACAAUGAGGAUGAGCUGCUGAAGUUCCUAAGUGGAGAAGGCAUCGAUCUCUCUGCUUUUGCUACACGUUCAGCUGAAAUGGCCAAGAAGAGCAAAGGAAAUGCCAUACAGCAUGGAUGGUUCGCGUCUUGGUUCCGACGCGCCAAACGCUUUGUGACUGAGGGAUAUCUGUUGGAUGCUUCGGUGCUGGAGGAGUGCGUUCGUGCAAACGUUGGCGAUCUGACCUUCAUGGAAGCCUAUCAGCGAACGAAGCGUGUGCUCAACAUAACAGUGGCUCCAAUGGGCAACGGCAUGCCUAACCUGCUAAAUUACCUGACGGCGCCUAAUGUGCUCAUCUGGUCGGCAGCCCUAGCUUCCAACGCAUCCGACGUUCUCUACUCCCCCGUGACCAUGAAAUGUAAAGACGAACAAGGCAACAUCGUCCCCUGGGCCUCCACACACCCUUCCCACCUCCGCCCCUCCACCCCUCUUGGCUACGCUUCCGACCGCGACUCCCCCCUCACCCGAAUAGCCGAACUCUUCAACGUAAACCACUUUAUCGUCUCUCAAGCCCGCCCCUACAUCGCCCCUUUCCUCCGCAGCGACCUCCACAGCCCGAAACCAGGUUACAAAGGUCGCUCCUCUCUAACAACAUCCCUGAUGAAAGUCAUGGUCAUGGAAGUUCAACAUCGACUCCACCAACUCGAUUCUCUAGGCUACCUACCCGCGCAAAUCCGCCGUUUCCUACUCGACGAAAACAUCCCUGGUGCUUCUUUGACUUUGGUUCCUGAAGUCAAUACCACUGAUUUCUUCAAACUGCUCGAAAAUCCUACAAGGCAGAGUGUAGAGUAUUGGAUUUUGAAAGGAGAGAAAAUGGUUUGGCCUGCAGUUGAUGCGUUAAAGGUACGAUGUGCGGUGGAGGUGGAAUUGGAUAGAGGCUAUCAGAUUGUGAGAAGACGGAAACCAUUUGAUGCUAGUCCUAUGGGUUCGAGGGAUGGAGGUAUGAGGUUGGACAAAAAGGGGAUUAGGAAGAGGAGUUCGAGUUCUGCUUUGGAGUGAUGGUUGG